UUCUUUCAUAAAAAAACGUGAGUGAGUAACUCACAAGAGGAGAUACGUACUACUUAUAGACAUUAGACAUAUAGAUGAUAUAUGUCUCUCUGUGCUUCGAUUGUUCUCUCUAAGAUUAUUAUAUAUAGAUCUAACGGCACUCAUACUAAGAAUUGGUAGGAGUAAGACAAGCUAUUACCAACCAGACUCUAUAGAGAAUAUGGUGAGAACCCCUUAUUGUGACAAAAAUGGACUAAGGAAAGGCACAUGGACACCCGAGGAAGACAAAAAGUUGAUUGCUUAUGUAACUAGGUAUGGCUGUUGGAAUUGGCGACAAUUACCUAAAUUUGCAGGUCUUGAAAGGUGUGGGAAGAGUUGUAGACUAAGGUGGUUGAACUAUCUAAGGCCAGAUAUCAAAAGAGGGAGCUUUAGUCAUGAAGAAGAAGAGACUAUCAUCAAACUUCAUGAAAAAUUGGGUAAUAGAUGGACCAUGAUUUCUGCAAAUUUACCAGGGAGAACAGAUAACGAGAUAAAGAACUACUGGCACACCACCAUAAAAAAGACUCUUGUAAAGAAUAAGUCAAACACCAAACGUGGAACGAAAAAAGCCAAAGACUCAAAUUCAAAAAAUCACCCUACAAUGGAAAAACCCAAGAAACUUGGAGAAAUGUUAGAGAACAACAGUGAUUUCAAUAUUACGAGUCCACCAUCUUCACAACCAUCUACAAGUGCAUCCUCUUGCAUAUCAUUAAUGGACACUGCAGCUACUACUACAAUAUCAUAUGAAAAUUCUUCUCUUUUUGAUGACUAUGACGACCUUCCUUUUAUGGAUGCAUAUGUGAGUGAAAAUUUCUGGACAGAGCCAUAUAUAAUAGACAGUUUAUAUGUCCUUCCAAAUGAAGAUUCUAUAUUACUUGAACAUGAAUACUUUAGUCCUGUAUACGAUGCAGAACUUUGGAGCCAUGGAAAAUAAAUCGUUACUGUAAUGUGGGGGUAUACUCUUUUGAAAAUGUCCCGUAGAUAAUAUAACAUCAUUUGCUUCCUA